UGUGGGAGGGAACGAUGUCAACACCGAUGCAAGUCAAUCCCUCCCUCCUCUUUCUCCUCAGGACUGGUUAAACAGGAGAUGCUGAAAGCUCCUUAGUGUCGAGUUCAUUUUAGAUUUCCGUGGCUGUGUCUCAGCUCUGUGUUGUCGACAAUUAUCCCAUUACACAACAACCCAUAUCUACGAACUUUCCGUUGACGCGCGGUCUCAUGGGAGUUAAGUUCCUCUGGACUGCUGAAAUAAUUAAAGGAAUUGACGGAACUCGCCGGAUGCGAUUGAGAAUUCCCCCUGACUUGCAAGGCGGCGAGGAGGCAUGAUGUGGAGAGACACUGGACUCACACUGAUACUGUCACUAAUCCUGUCUGUGGUCGCUAAGGGAGCACGACAAACCCCCCCAGGAAAGCCAAAGGUGACCAGCUGUAGAUCCCCAGAAAAGGAGACAUUCACCUGCUGGUGGGAAGUAGGCUCCGACGGGGGGCUACCCACCACCUAUUCACUUUUCUACCGCAAAGAGAACUCUGAAACGCUUUAUGAGUGUCCAGACUACAAAACAGCCGGGAACAACACUUGUUUCUUCAACAAGAAUGACACAUCCAUCUGGGUCAACUAUAACAUCACUGUGGUGGCCACUAAUGCCCUGGGCAGCAACACCUCUGAUCCUUUUGAUGUAGAUGUGGCGUAUAUAGUCAAGCCGCACCCACCCGAAAAGUUAACAGUGGCAGUGUUGGAGGACAAAGAUUAUCCAUUCCUCAGGGUCUUGUGGGAACCGCCCCGUAAGGCUGAUACACGUUCUGGCUGGAUCACCCUUAUCUAUGAGAUCAGAGUAAAAUUGGAAGAUGCUGAGGAGUGGGAGAUAUCGAGACUCAUCAGACCAGGCAACAUUCUUCCAGUCUUCAACUGUCCAAUCUUGGUGCACCCGGCAGGCCAGCAGAAAAUGUUCAACAUCUUUAGCCUGCACUCUGGUGGCUUCUAUAUGGUCCAGGUCCGCUGCAAGCCAGACCACGGUUUUUGGAGCGAAUGGAGCACCACCCGCUCUGUCAAAGUCCCAGACUAUAUCCACCGGAAUCGGUCUGUGUGGCUCCUGAUGGCCAUCCUUUCAGCCUUCAUUUUUCUCAUCCUGACCUGGAUUAUCAACAUGAACAGAAACAGCUUAAAGCAAUGUCUACUACCUCCAGUUCCUGGACCGAAAAUAAAAGGAUUUGAUAAACAACUUCUGAAGAAUGGAAAGUCGGAAGAGGUCUUCAACGCUUUGGUCGUCAAUGGCUUUCCACCAAGGUCUACGGACUAUGAGGACCUGCUGGUUGAAUACCUGGAAGUGUACGUCAGUGAGGAACAGGAACUGGCGCUGGAUGGGAAGGACCUUCAAAGUAUUGGCUGCCUGAAGUCCAAGAGCCCCUCUGACAGCGACUCGGGCCGGGGAAGCUGCGACAGCCACACCCUGCUGAUGGAGAAGUGUGGAGUAAUGGAGCCCAAAGAGGAGUCGAGCUAUGAGGAGCCAGAGCUGCAGCAGGCCCAGGCGGGUAACUGGGUGUCGCUGGAUAGGGGAGAGAGCUGGGUGGACAGCCCCAAUACAUCAAAUGGACAGGUCAACACCAAGCCAUUGGUCUUCUCCAUGUUGAUACAUGGAUCCUCCAACAACCAGUACCAUACUAGUCCUGAGCUACCCAAGCAGCACACCGUCCCAGAUAAUGUUUUCCCCACUACCCCUUACCAUCCCAACCCAGAGUACAUGGAUUGCCCAGGAAAGUGCAACCAAUACCACCUCAGCCAGUCUCUGUCCGCUGGGGCCCACCAGCUCCAGAACCCCAAUGACUUCAACGUGCCCUGUUUGGAGGGGCAGAGUGAGGCCAUGGGACUCGGGCUACCACACUCUCGGUCCAUGGAGUACGUGGAGGUUCAGAAGGUAAACCAGGAGAACCAGCUCGUCCUGAAGCCUCUCUCUAGCCACAGUCACGGCCCUUUUCAGCCGCUGUUGGUCGAAGCCGGAGAGGACUAUAGUAAGGUCAAUGGGGUGAAUAAGGACAAUGUGCUUCUUCUUCAGAGGAAGAGGGUGAUGGCUGAGGCUAGCCAAUCCUGUGAUCAUCAGGUGAAGGAGGUGGAGUGUAAACAGCAGCAAGGGAAGACGGACACACACAGGUCUGUCACUACCCAGCUACAGGAAAGCAUGUGUCCGACCACUAGCGGUUAUGUUGACACUGCCUCUAUGAUGCUGACUUUCUAAACUCCUCCCCAUGGGUGUCUGAGAUAAGGUCUAAAGUGUGCUGGAACACGCUCUGGAUGUGUAGGGCUCAACAACUAGCUAUCCAACCGAAACAUACACUUUGUGAGGAGACUUUAUUGUCAGACUGGAAAUAAGCAAUAAUAAACAAGCAUACGUGGCUUGUCAAAGAACUAUGUUUUUACAAUGACUUGUUCAUGCAAGAACUUUUAGAGAACAGCUUCAUGCUUCAGACUCCACAGAUUGUUGAAUUUGUAUUUAUUUUUAAAUGUACAAUACUAUCAUAUUAAUACACUGAAUUAUAUAUUAUUUUGCAAAUAUUACUAACAUCAUUUAUGUUGUCUUUAUAUUUAAUGCAAAUGGCACCUUCUACUGAUUUCCAAAGGUACUACUGCACAUUAUUUCCUAAGCUGACUCUUGCAAUGUAUAAUUUUCUGUAUACCGACAGUAUGCGUAUGUAAACCUAAUGAAGAACCAACUGGGGAACCCUCUAAAUGAAAACUGUACUGUGACUUUUAUGAAUGUCAAUUUUUUGUCCAGAAAAUUCUGUACCAAAUGUCCACUUCUGAUUCAAGUUUGUGUAUAUAACGUUUUCUAUAAUUGAAAACAUUUUGUAUUAAAGGAAAAAAGUCGAACCAA